AGUGUACAUUCGACUUCUCAUCAUCGCUGCUCGCCUCUCUCAGCUAAAUGAAGUAGCGGAGGGAGCCCUCCGGCCCUUCUCUGUCGUCUCUUCUCAUCUGCUUACUCCAAGUCCUCCGCUUCCUCCUUCGGUCAGCUCCGAUCCUUCCUACGCAAUGCAUCUUCUCCCUGCAAGCGCAGAUCGCUCCAGGAGUUAGGGUUUGGUUCUCCAACCCUUAUCGCACCGCUGUGAAACCCUAGGACCGUUGUCACUUGUCGCCUCCGAUCCCCCUUUGAAGGCUCGAGUAACCUUUUUGGGACGCGGAAACUGGUUUUGUUGCGCUCUUCUUCUUAGGUGCCGGGGCGGAUUCCGAUCCGCCCUUCGGGAUCGAAACCAGCUCGGUCGGUUCCAUGGAGGCUGUUGCGGGUCUUAACAGAGCCAUUCCAGCGUCCUCCUCCCAUUCUUCAAGGAAGGAGUGGCGCGCUAUGCCGGACGUCCCCUAUCGAAGCAAUGGAGGCGAGAGCUGGAGCAUGUUGAUACUGCCCAAUCAGCCGAGAGAACAAUACAUGAGGAAUCACCAUCUGAGUGCAACACGGGCUGGAAAGGUGCAGGUUGGUGUAGGGACGUACGAUGCAGGCUUCUGUUCAAUUACAAUUGAUAAUGGCAGUCGAAUGAACGAUGAUAUGUUGCAGCGGAAGUUGCAAGAGAUCACAAGUCUGAGAGAACAGCUUCAGCAGAUGGAGAUUGAACUAGCUAGGACAAUUGCUAGGUCUGAGAUGAUGGAAUUGCAGAAUAGUUUUGAAAUUAAGCUUAAGGAGCAGAUUGAUAGCAAUAACAACCUGAAGGAGCAAGUUCAUGAAAGGGAACCACACAUACUUGAACUCGAGAGGAAAGUCGAAGAGAAAGACAGGGAGCUACAAACUAUGAAAAUUGACAGUGAAGCUGCAUGGGCUAAAGAGGACCUUCUUCGGGAGCAAAAUAAAGAAUUAGCCAGCUUCAGAAGGGAGCUUGAUAACACUGAAUCAGAAAGAGCACAGCAUCUUAACCAAAUUUGCGAUCUCCAAGAACACAUUCAAGGGAAAGACAGUCAAAUUCUUGCAUUGCAGGAUCAGAAUCAACUUGCACAAGAAACAAUUCAUUUUAAGGAUGAACAAUUGAGGGAGGCACACUCAUGGAUUUCACGUGUUCAAGAAAUGGAUGCUUUGCAUACCUCCACUAACCAGUCAUUGCAAGCUGAGCUAUGACAGCGCACUGAGCAGUUUAACCAAUGCUGGAUCGGUAUCCAACGACAGUUUGUUGAAAUGGAUCGCCAUCAUAUGCAAGUCAUACAACAAUUUCAACUGGAGUUGUCUGAGGCAAGGGAAAGUGCUGGAAAAUACAAAGAUAACCAACAAGUUAAUCCUGCAAACUCCAUGGAUUCAUCUUCUUAUAAUGCAAACCAGAUUAAUGUAAAAGAUGACAUCAAAUCAAAUGCUCUGUUGGGGUUCACAUCUGAUGCAAGUGUAGAUGGAACUACAGCGUAUAUUUCAACUCCAAAUACUUCUUCUAAGGAAAUUGAAGUUGGACCAGCUUAACCAAUGCCUGAUUAUGUUGAGUAUCAAGUUGAGAAAUGCUGCAUUAACUUCACCUAAAGUUGAUUUCUGGCAGGAGCCGGAAACCAUGAUGAGACCCUCAAUUAUUAAGAGUUCUUCAUAAGGGAAGCCAUGAUGAGGCCCUCAAUAAUUAAGGGCUCCAUCAGCAAAUAGUAAUAUUACAGCUUCUGUCAACAAUCAACAGAUGGCCGGUUAAUGAUUUUCAGCAAUUGGCAUACUAUAGCAAUCUCCAGAUUAUUUCUAGCUGACUGCAAAUUGUGGGUAGAACCUACUUUGGAAGAUUUUGACAUGAUUAGAGGAGUGUGGUUUAUUGGAGGUGUGCCUUUAAGAAUCUUCAAAUGGACGCCAUAUUUUUCAUAUACUGCUGAAUCUUCUGUAGUUCCAGUGUGGAUACGCUUUCCAGAUCUUCCAAUUCAUAUGUUCAGCAAGGUUACACUUUUUUCUGCUGCCAGCAUUAUAGGGAAGCCAAUUAAAAUUGAUGAAGCUACAGCAGACUGCUCGAGACUAUCUGUUGCAAGGGUGUGUGUGGAAAUUGAUCUUCUAAAACCAAAGAUCGAAGACUUCUGGAUUGGUAUAGGUGAGGAAAAGAGACUACAAAGAGUGGAAUUUGAGAAACAUCCAAGUUUCUGUGUUCAGUGUUUGCAUCUGGGCCAUUCGGUUGAGGAAUGUUAUGCAAGUGGAAGUAAUGCGAAAUCAGCUGGGUGGGGACCAGCAUUGGGACCUUAACCUGGUGGUGAGGAUCUAAGGGAGAAGUUAAACAAAAGGAACGAAGCUUUUACAGAAAAAGUGGAUUCUGAGUUCCCUAUUGAGGCACUGGAUGGUAAUGUUCAGAGGGUUGAAAAGCAAGUUUGGAUACAAAAGAAAGGUGUUUCAAAAGAACAAGCUACUAAGUCUAAGUUUGUUAAAGCUCAAGGAAAUGGUUUUUUAUUGUUUGGCUGAUUUGGAGGAGGAAAAAGAAGGAAGUGCUGAGAAGGUGGUUGAGCAAGUAGUGGCUGAUGUGGAUUCUGGAAGAAGAGGGGACAUGGGUGAAUUAGAGGGGAAACAUGAAUUGGCAAAAAAAUUUUGGAAGUGGAGGAACAAGAGUUAGAUGAGCUAGAUGCUCAUUUGGUUGCUGAUUUAGAUCCGGUUCCUGCUGUUAAUCAGGUCAACGCAUUAAAAGCUGGAAUAAGGAGGGAUAAGGGUAAAAUUGUUGUUGGGUUUUCAGUAAAGGAGGCAUGUCAACAGGAUGUACAAGUCAAUCGAGGUAGUUCUUUAGUUCAAAAUCAGAAGGUGUCAAUUCUGAAGGAGACUACAGGUCCUAAAUUGGCUGCACAGGUUUUAUAUGGAAAGGGCCAGAUUGUUAUAAAUCCAGGGCAGAAGGUUUCAGCAGGGGGAUGUGUGGUUGCUUUACAGACUCAAGCUAGUCCAACUGGUUUGGCAGGUAUACAGGAAAUGGAUGAUAAUUCUAUUUUCAGGACUGAAGCUUAUAAUGCUGCUGUUGGUUCUGGGAUUUCUGAUAUGGCUGGGGUGAAUUUGAAGGAUGAAGUUGGUAGGAAUGAUAUUUCUAAGUCGUCUGAGGAUGAGGAUGAUUCUGAUUAUGGAGAGGUAGUGGAUUCUCAGAGGUCUUCAUCCUUCUGGCUGGCUUCUAAUGUGAAAGACCCUCUUUGGAAAACAUCUACAAUGUACGUACCACCUGGAGUUAGCCGAAUGAUUACUAGAAGUAAGGUCCAGGUACCUAAAGCUCCGUCUUCCUCUAAUUCUUAAAUGUCUGGCUUAAUAUGGAAUAUAAGGGGGAUAGGGAAUAAUGCUUCUCUUAGGAGAUUAAUUUACUUGAAGAAGGUUCAUCAUAUUAAUUUUAUGGGAAUUUUGGAACCAUUUAUUCCACUUGAUGCUAAUUUCAUUACUAAAAGAUUGGGUUUCGAUGGGGCUAUUUCUAAUUGUUCUGGUAAGAUUUGGUUUUUGUAUGAUUUUUCAAUAAUCUGUACUGUGCUGAUGGAUAAUGAACAGUUUUUGCAUCUUAGAAUUUGCUCGCCUAAUUUUCCUAUAUCUAUAUUGGUAACUGUGGUAUAUGCGAAGUGUGAUAGAGCUGAAAGGAGAAAAUUAUGGGAUGAUGUUUUGGCUGUUAAACCGAAUAUGGAUGAGUUUUGGCUAGUGGUGGAGAUUUUAAUGUAAUAUCAGAUAUUAUUGAGCAUUCGGCAGGGUCUCUUGCUAAGCCUGGCGUCACAAGUGAAUUUAAUAAUUUUAGUAUGUUAGCUGGACUUCUAGAUGCUGGAUUUGUGGGUGAUAGAUUCACGUGGACAAAUGGCAAAGUUUGGAAGAGGUUGGAUAGGGUUUUGGUUUCAACAUAUUGGGGAGAACAAAAACAUAUGGUAAGGGUGGAACAUUUGAGUAGGGCAGCUUCAGAUCACUGCCCUUUGUAUAUCUCUUUCCCUAGCUUUACUAUGCCAAGGGCCUCAUUCAGGUUUCAAAAAAUGUGGAUUAAACACCAUAAUUUUCCUCUUACAGUACGAUUGAAUUGGAUGUUACCGUGUUCAGGUUUUGGACUUCAGACAUUUCAAUUCAAGCUUAAAAGGUUGAAGACACAUUUGAAAUGGUGGAAUGAGGAGGUAUUUGGUAAUAUUUUUGAGAAUGUAAAGAAGGCUGAAGAGAAUUUUGAGUUGGCAGAAAAGGCUUUUGAUCGCUCUCCAACGAUAGAGAAUAAAAUGUAUAUGGCUAAAUGUCAAGCUUCUUUGUUUCAUAUAUUAGAUAUGGAAGAAAUGUUUUGGAAACAAAAAGCGGCGGUGAAAUGGUUCGGAGAAGGUGAAAGGAAUACUAAAUUCUUUCAUAAUUUGGUACAGAAAAGGAGGAUGACAAGCCAAAUAUUCAGGAUUUGGGAUGAAGGAGUUUGUUUGGAGGAUAAUAAUCUUAUCCAGAUUUCUGGAGUUCAUUUUUUUGAAGAUCUAUUAACAGGGGAGGACUUCGAGUGUGAUUCUGUAGGUAUGGACGUCAUACCAUAGUUAGUGAGUUUGGAAGAGAAUCAAGCCUUGCCAGUAUUACCAUCUAUUGAGGAGCUGAAACGUGUGGUAUGGGAGAUUAGUGAAGACAGCGCAGCUGGACCGGAUGGUUUUUCUGCAGCUUUCUAUGUGGCUGGGAAAUUAUAAAGGAGGAUCUGUACCAAGCUAUUUUAGAAUUUUUUUCAAGGGGGUUCUAUCCCUAAAGGCAUGGCAGCAACGACAAUAGUGCUUAUUCCUAAAGUUGACAAUGUGCAGUGUUGGCAAGAAUUUAGACCAAUUAGUUUAUGUAAUGUUUCUAAUAAAAUUGUAUCUAAAUUGUUGGCAAACAGGCUGAGCUUGAUGUUGGAUAAAAUUAUAUCUCCAUCACAGAGUGGUUUUGUGGCUGGAAGAUUAAUUUAUGAUAAUAUUUUGUUAGCACAAGAAUUCAAUCAUAAGUUGAACUAUCAUAUUAGAGGAGGAAACUUAAUUUUGAAAUUGGAUAUGGCUAAGGCAUAUGAUAGAACCCAAUGGAGUUUUUUGUUUAGAGUUAUGGUUGCUUUUGGUUUUUCUGACAAGGUUAUUGAUAUGAUCAAGAGAUGUAUCAGUGAUUGCUGGUUUUCGGUGAGAAUUAAUGGACAGUUGUCUGGUUUCUUUCAUUCAAAAAGAGGGUUAAGACAAAGUGAUCCUAUAUCUCCUUUACUUUUUAUUAUAAUGGCGGAAUUUCUAUCACGAGGUUUGGAUGGCUUAUUUGUUAAAUAUCCUCAAAUGUUUUUUGAAUCUGGAUGUACUAUGAGGAUUUCUCAUUUGGCUUAUGCGGAUGAUGUGAUAAUUUUGAUGAAUGACUCGAUAAAUUGUGUUAAAAGGAUUUGAAAGUUUUUGGAUUUUUACAUGGCUUCUUCGGGUCAAUCUAUAAAUGUUGCCAAGAGUUCUUUCUAUCCUUCAAAAUCGAUUUCUACUGAUAGAAGGGGUCAGAUUGCAAGUAUUACAAGUUUUAAGGAAGGUACUGCUCCGAUCAUGUACUUGGCUGUGCCAAUAUUCUCCGGCAAUUGAAAGGCAAUUUAUUUUCAGCCUCUUUUAGAAAAAGUGAGGGCAAGGUUGCUUGGUUGGAACCUCUCUAGGCUUUUUCACGGAGGUCAGCUCAUGCUUAUUCAAAGUGUUUUGUGUUCAGUGCCUCUUUAUUUAAUGCAGGUAUUGCUCCCUCCUUUAUCCAUUCUUCAUUAGUUAGAAAUGAUAAUUGCUAAUUUCUUUUGGGGCCCUUUGGGCUCCAACAAGAAGCCACAUUGGAUUAGUUGGGAUGAUAUUUGUAAACCAAGAUUGGAAGGUGGAUUGGGGAUACGAAGGCUCUCGGAUGUUGCUAUGGCGUUUACAUUGAAAUUUUGGUUUCGAUUUAGGGAGCAAAUAUCUUUUUGGGCAAUUUUUAUGUCUAAGUUGUAUUAUGGUGGUGCUUCUCCAUGUGUGGUUCCUUUAAAAAGAAAUGCUUCCCCAUGUUGGCGUCGGCUUGUGAAGUUACGGAAUUAUGGAGAAAAUAAUAUAGGUUGGAUUAUUGGAAAUGGAGAAAUUAAUUUCUGGUAUGAUAAUUGGUUGGAUAGUGGUCCUCUCUACCUUUUGUGCCCAAUUUUUGGCAAGAAUUGUUGAUUUUAUUGAUAAUUUGGGCUGCAAUGUAAAUGAGCUUCAAAGUUGUGUGCCGGAACAGAUAGUUGAUGAAGUUAAGGAGGUUGCUCUGCCGGGGGGAAUUUCUGGUGAGGCAGGAAAUGUGGAAGAGGUUGUUCAAAAUGGUGCUAGGGACUGUAUAGUAUGAAAGCCAUCUUUGGAUGGAAAGUCUACUUUGAAAUCUGCUUGGAAGGGUUCCUAGAAAGACCAGCAACAGGUUGGAGUUGGGCAACAACAAAGUUGUUUGGAGAACAGUAUGGAGUAAGCUUAUUUUCCCAAAUAUCUCUGUUUUUGUUUGGCGUUUUCUAAGGAAACGGUUACCUGUGGAUGAAGUGCUGCAAAGGAGGGGAGUUUACCUAGCUUCAAAAUGUUAUUGUUGUGAUUCUGUGGAGUCUUGGGAUCAUUUGUUUUAUCAUAGAGCGAUUGCAUUAGAAGUGUGGAGGUAUUUUGCUCAAUUGUUUGGUGUUGAUAGGUUUUUGGUUUUUGAAAAUUGGAGAAGAGGUCGGUCUUGGUCCUAUGGUGGUCAUAUUAGGGAGGUUAUCCCAUUCUUGAUUAUUUGGUUUUUAUGGUGUGCACGAAAUGAUGCUAAGCAUCGUGGGAUAAGAAUAGUAGCUAAAAAGAUCAUUUGGAAUGUUUCCAGUAUAUUAUUUUUGGUAUAGCUGCGGGGAUCAUUAAACCAGGGCAUUGGAAGGGCUUAAUUAUGGCGGCUCAAAAUUUGGGGUUGCUGGUGAAACGAAGAACUGUUAAUACCAUUUCAGUGGUGACGUGGAAGAAACCAAAGGUUGGUUCAAGUUGAAUACGGAUGGAUGCUCGAAGGGGAAUCCAGGUCUAUCUUCUUUCAGAGUUAUCAUAAGAGAUCAUAGUGGCAAUGUUAUGAUGAUAAAGUAUGGACUAAUUGGAGGGGAUCGAAUGUUAGGGCAGAAUUGAUGACAAUCCUUAAAGGCUUGGAAUUAUGUGUAGAAAAACAGUUCUUCCCGAUUUGGCUAGAGUCUGAUUCUUUGAUAACUUUGAAAAUUUUAUUGGCUUCUUAUUUUUCAUGGGAAUGGUGUAAUCUGAUACGAAAAAUCAAAUGUAUUAUUUGCAGGUAUAGGUAUGGUUUUCUCAUGUGUAUAGAGAGGCCAAUGCAGCAGCUGAUCAUAUUGCUAACCAAGCGUUUAUUCACUUGUGGAUGAUGGAUUGGAUGCUCCUCUUGAUUUGUAUACAGAUAGAAUAUGUUAUAAUCAUGAGAUUGAUAAGGAGCUUUGUGGAAUUUGCAAUUUGGAUAAGAGUGGCCUUCCAUAUAUUCGGUUUUCUUCAAAACCAGGUUAGAAUGAAGAUUGGAAAAUAGAACUAUGGCUGUAAAGAGCAGAAUUCUUGAAUGGAUUCGAUGGUGUUCUUGUGUAUUUCAAUUUGCAAGUUUUCAAAAGAGGUUAAGUGGUCUAUGGGAGGUUUGUGAGAGAUGAACGAUGUAUUUAUUCCAAGGCUGUUGUGUAUAGAAUAUAAAAGAUAGAUGUGGGUCGCAAAGUAGAUAUGCUGGGCAAGUCUUUCUGUGAGUUGGAAUGUGCAAGAUUUGGAGGAAUUAUUAUGAUUGGCUGUGGAAUUCUUAGUGUUCCUUAUUACUGAGGGAGUAGUAUUUCGUCUCCUUAUUGAUAUUAUCUUGUGUUAUUGACUUUCAGGAAUUUUAUGAUGGAGGUUUUAAUUGCAGAAAUGUUAAGCUGUGAAUGUUUGCUAGAGUGGUAAACUGUUGUUAUUCGGUCUUUUUUGCAAGUGAGUUGGAGCUGCUCUCUUUAAAUUGAUGUAUUUGGUGCAAUCGCCGCUACGGGUGGCUGCUAUUUGUUGAUGCGCGUGAAGGAAAAUUGAGAUUUUGAUGGGCUGAUGUUGCUGUUGAAUUUCUCAGUUGCUGUAUUAUUUGAAGUGCUCUAUCUUGUGAAUAUUAGGAUAUGUAGCUGGCUUUACUAUGGUUAUUUUGAUGCUAAGUUCGGUGGUGAUGGAGGUUUUAAUUGCAGAAAUGUUAAGCUGUGAAUGUUUGCUAGAGUGGUAAACUGUUGUUUUUCGGUGCAAGUGAGUUGGAGCUGCUCUCUUAAAAUUGAUAUAUUUGGUGCAAUCGCCGCUACGGAUGGCUGCUAUUUGUUGAUGCGAGAUCACGUGAAGGAAAACUGAGAUUUUGAUGGGCUGAUGUUGCUGUUGAAUUUCUCAGUUUUCCUGUUGGGCGUUGUUUUUUUCAAAUGGAAAGUUGGUUGAAAUUGGUUGGCUGUGAUAAUGUUGGGAUUUAUUCUGUUUAUUAUGUGAUGCCAAUGAGUAGUACUGAAAAUUUUCAAUUACUAUAGAGAUCAAUGUAAGUGGUUGGAGUCGGUGUAAAUAAACUAUACUUGAAGGUCAGGUUGGGCCCCCCUUCUAGUA